GGGAGGCGGCGCCGGAUUCCCGGUGCGCAGAAGCGGCGUAAAAUGGAGAGCUGCGGAGAAGAGGACGAGGAGGCGCCCGAACCGGAUUGGUGGCUCCCGGAGCCCCGCGGCAGAUUCGGGAGCGUCUCGUGUAAACCCGCUAUCUUGGGGGUGCGGGCUGUUCAUGGCAACAUGAUGAGAUCUGGAAGCGAUCUGCGUCGGGUCAUAGUACACUUGGACCUGGACUGUUUUUAUGCGCAGGUUGAAACCAUCUGUAAUCCUGAAUUAAGAGGCAAGCCUUUAGGUGUGCAGCAGAAAAACCUGCUCAUCACCUGUAAUUAUGAAGCCAGGAAACUCGGAGUGAAGAAAACCACGACUGUCAAGGAAGCAAAAGAAAAGUGCCCAGAACUCUUGCUGGUUAAAGGAGAAGACUUGACGAAAUACAGGGAGAUGUCUUACAAGGUUACAGCACUGUUGGAAGAAUUUACGCCGCUGGUGGAAAGGCUUGCAUUGGACGAAAACUUUAUGGACGUCACUGAGAUGGUAGAGAAGAGGCUGGAAGAGUGGGGAAAGGAUGCUUUUUCUCAAAUGCCUGUCUCUGGUCACGUCUACGGUAACCGGACUGUCAGUCUGCACGAUCUGGCACACGUGAAGUUGGCGAUUGGAUCUCAGAUAGCGGCGGAGAUGAGAGAAUCCGUGCGCUCCAGGCUGGGCCUUACGGGUUGUGCUGGCAUAGCUUCUAACAAGCUGCUAGCCAAGAUGGUGUCUGGGACCUUCAGACCAAAUCAGCAGACGAUCCUGUUACCCGAGAGCCGGCGGGAUUUGAUAGCCCACCUUGACAACAUAAAGAAAUUGCCAGGUAUUGGGUCUAAAACUGCACAACGCCUUGCAGCGCUAGGACUUACCACCAUUUGCAGCCUCCAGAUGUGUCCAGCUGCAGUACUAGAGAAAGAGCUAGGCGUUUCGGCUGCACGGACUCUACAGAAAGUGUGUCGUGGAGAAGACGAUGUUCCAGUUACCCCAUCUGGGCCUCCUCAGUCUCUAAGUGAUGAAGAUUCCUUUAAAAAGUGCUCUUCGGAAGUGGAAGUUGAAAAGAAAGUGGGAGAGCUGAUUGCUAGCCUUUUGGUCAGGUUGUACAAGGAUGGAAGAAAGCCACAUACAAUAAAAUUAACCCUUCGCAAGUGUAUUACCAAUCGAUGGCUUAAUCGGGAGGGCCGCCAGUGUCCAAUUCCACCUCAUGUGGUCCAGAAGAUUGGAACAGGUGACUCAAGUGUCCAGAAUCAACUAGUUGCCUUAGCUAUGAAACUAUUUCACAAGAUGAUAAAUGUGAAAGUUUUGUUUCAUAUAACCCUUCUGAGUGUCUGCUUCUCCAACCUGAAAGACGCUCCUGCUUCUGCCAAGCAGUCAAUUGGAUUUUAUUUGACUCGUCCAUCUUCGUCCAACUGCAACAAACUUGUUCAUAAAACGGAAGACGGCAGUGGGGAACUUGCAACUCCAAAAGGUCAAGAGAGGGGCUGUGAAAGCUUACUGGCAGAAAGAAGCAGAAGCGUGACGCAAAUGCCGCCAGAGACUCCAGACGAAACCAGAGGUCUUGAAUUCCCAGCUCACUUGCUUCCUGCCGGUAUUGACCAUGAUGUGUUCAAUCAACUUCCAAGGGAAAUUAAAGAGGAAAUUAUUUCUAGCCCAAAAAAGGAAAGCAGUGCAGCAGGAAAUGUUCUGAGUCAGUCAUUAUUUGCUUCACAGGAAGAGCAGUCAAAUAAGGCACCGGACCAAACAAACUGUGCUCCUCUGUGUUCUAGGGACGGUCAACGAAACAUCUUUGCUUUGGUGCCAUCAGAAAUUGUACCCCCCUGUGGAGCAUCACCCAGGUCUGCUCCCAGGUGCCUUGGUCCACAGCAUGGACCUCUUGAGGUGGCUGCGAAUGCAUCGGGAAGCGAGCACUUGACAUGCACGGCUUUUAAAAGCUCAUCCCCGCUUCAGUCUCCGUUUCACCAAGCCGGCAUUCCAGAGCUGCAGAAGCAAACUGGUGACAGAAGUCCCUGUGAUGGAGAUUGGAAAGGAGGGUCAAAAGGUGUCCUCCCUUCCAGCGUGGAUGCCAAAACGUUUUCCGAGCUGCCUGCAGAGAUACAGAAGGAACUGCUGGUGGAAUGGGAGAGCCGGGAACCAGUUUCCAAGACGCGUACCGCAGUGACUCCCACCAAGUUCAAAACGAAAAAAACAGUCGGCCGGCCUUCACCUCAGCAGUCAAACAGCUUAUUAAGAUAUUUUAAACCAGCCUGACUAUGGCGCGCGUUUGGCCCAGCAGUCGUUUGGAUACAACUGUAAUGUAAUGAGGCGGAAAGCCAAUCCAGCAUUUAGUCAAGUUGUAUGUUUGAGUGAAUCUGGAACAAUAAUGUGAUAUUUGUGGCUAGCUGGAUCUCCUCAGGAAGUCUGACAGCCCAAAAGGAAAGGCCUUUUCUUUGAAUAAGGGGAUUGGAUCCUAAAUAACAUUGGCAGAGUGCACUGUGAGGUCUUUGAGCCCUAAUUUCCUCAGACUUAGGCCCUUUCCCCACUUACCUUUGUCCGAGGGUUGCUGCAUGCAAUUCCCAGUGUGCGUAACUCCUGGCACGCGCCCCGGCUUCCCCACAACCCCGCGCUUGCAGGGUCAUCAAAAGGCGCCAUUUCAAAAGCCGCCAGGAAUUACGCGCUGAGGGGGCGCGAGAGAGGCAGCGUUGGGGCGGCUGCGUUCUCGCCGCCCCUGAAAUGGGGAGUGCAGCUGGACCCCGCGCUACUUGAGGAGAGUAGCGCGGGGCUUAAGGUAAGUGGGGAAAGGGCCUAACACAACUCAGUCUUGUUGGAAUGUGUCAGUUGUGUCCUCCUUCAGGUGUUAUGCUAAAUCCGUAACGAAUAAGAUAAGAAUAUGCAUAUUUGGAAAAACAUGUACCAUGGCAGGGCAUAUACACCAGACUUCAUAUAGGGAUGGCAGUGAAAUACUUCCUGUGCUUAAGUGCCUAAAAGUGAAGCUAGGCUAGAAUUUUGCAAUGCACUAUUUUUCUACCUGGUAGGAUAUUUUUUGAAUUUUAUUUUGUUAAUAUACAGGAGUGCUUUGUGUCUGAAAUUGGGAUGGUGGGGAGGGGGAGGGAUUUGCUUUGGUUAUAUACAAGUUCUGAUACCCUCAUAUACCUCUUGCUUUUUUAAUUUAAAAAACCCGCAAUUCUUGUGAAAUUUCCAGAUUUGGAAAAACUCAUUUGGAGAGCUGUGUAGGCCUAUUUCAUUUAUUCCAGAUUGUAGUGGAAUCCCUAGACCACAGGUGUCAAACUCGCGGCCCUCCAGAUGUUAUGGACUACAGUUCCCAUCAUCCCCUGCCAGCAUGAUGCUGGCAGAGGAU